AUGCUUCAACAGAUCAUUGGAAGCUCUGUUACCCCUUCCCCAUCCGUGGAUCCAAUCUAACUCAACAGGGGUGACCGUCUGCCAUUUACCCAAGGGCUUGUAAAACUCGCCAAACUUCCUCAUAAACUCCUAGCAAAGAGGGUUUCAUUUUUAAGAAACUCCAGCCCGGCUCAUAUCGGAUUCCAGGAACCUCAGUGGAGAGAGUGGUGGACGCGGUCUCCAGAAGCGGCUGUCAGGGGGGCGGAAAAAAGGUGAUGUAUAGUUAACUUUCGACUUCUGGCUCCUUCCCCCAGAAAUGCUUCACUUCCCAUGGGGCUUUGCCAUUUUUCUUCUGUUUCUUUCAAGAUUGUCUUCUGAUUCAUGGGAUCCAUGUUAUGAUGUCAACCAAAACCCACGCUAUUGCCUCCCAGAACUUUUCGAACUGGCUUCAGGACGUCUGGUGGAAGCAUCCAACACAUGCGGCAGUGGUAAUUCCCCUGGACGAUUCUGUGCCUUCCGAGAUUCGACUGACCUGGCCUCAAAAUUCUGCCAACGCUGCAAAGAAGAUGCCCACAUGCUUGAGUAUCUCACUGAUGCUGAUGGUGGUGCCACUUGUUGGUGGUCCCAGCCUGCGACCAAUGCUACACUGACGUUGGCUCUGGGACGCAGAGUGGAAGUUAUCUAUGUGGCUCUCCGGUUCUGUUCCCCACGACCAGAGUCUCUGGCUAUUUACAAAUCUAUGGAUUAUGGACGCAAAUGGGUGCCCUUCCAAUUCUUCUCCACCCAAUGCCGGCGGCGCUAUCAUUUGCUGCCAACCAACACCAUCCUGAAGUCUAUGGAGCAUGAAGCAGCUUGCAUUGAGGCCCAAACCACCCCCAAACCUCUCACAGGGGGACUGGUGGCUUUUAUGCCCCUAGCAGGCCGGCCUUCAGCCAGGAUGUUUGAGUACAGUCCUGUACUCCAGGACUGGGUGACUGCGACUGACCUCCGGGUCUCCUUUGACCACAUGCACCCAACAAGGAUAUUGGGGUUACGAAGGCGAGAAGCAUCCUAUGGGGUGGCUGAGCUGCAAGUUGGAGGCAGAUGCAAAUGCAAUGGACAUGCCUCCCGGUGCACACCAGAGAAAGAUGGAGGUGUGCCCCAGUGUGAUUGUCAACACAACACAGCUGGGCCGGAAUGUGAUACCUGCAAAGCCUUCUACUGGGAUAGGCCCUGGCAACGGGCAACACCCAAAGACGCGCAUGAGUGUGUGGCUUGUGACUGCAACCUCCACUCCCAUCGCUGCCGGUUCAGCAUGGAACUGUUUGAACUCUCAGGACGCCAAAGUGGGGGGAUUUGUUUGAAUUGUCGCCACCACACAGCUGGGCGCCACUGCCAGUAUUGCCUACCAGGCUUUAAGCGGGAUCUCAGCCGCCCCAUGACAAGCAGCAAAGCCUGCAAAGCCUGCCAAUGUCACCCCAUUGGAGCAAUUGGUGCCAUUUGCAACCAGACCACAGGGCAGUGCCAGUGCAAGAACGGGGUUACGGGGCUGACCUGCAACCGCUGCGCUCAGGGUUUCCAGCAAAGCCGCAGUGCCCAUGCCCCCUGUAUCCGGAUCCAGGAGGUGAUGACAACCACAGCUGCUCCUCCACAGGAAUGGAACACAGGUACUGAAUGCCAGACUCACUGUAAACCACCCCAAGGACGUGUCCAGAUGAACUUGAAGAACUACUGCAAGAAGGAUUAUGUUCUUCAUGCACAACUCUUGGCCAUGGAGAAAUCUGGCACAUGGUGGCAGUUCACAGCCUCGGUCCUCACUGUCUACCAACAGCGUCGUGUGCCCAUUCGUCGGGGUGAUCAGCCACUUUGGGUACCGGAGCAGGAUUUGACCUGUCGCUGCCUCCACCUCCAAGUUGGUAAAGCUUACCUGGUUAUCGGCAAUGAUGAAGAGUCACCUGACCCUGCCCGGCUUAUCCUUGACAAAAAUAGCCUAGCCCUGCCCUGGAGGGACGCUUGGGCCCAUAAACUGCGCAGUUUCCAGCAGCAGAGCAGACGCGGGAAAUGUCGAGGGAUCUGAAUUACAGUGGAGAAAGUGGCAGUGGAGAAUUACUCUGAGAAAAUGGAGGAAGGACAGGGACAUACAUUUGUAACUGUAGUUUUGAAAUAGGUUUGGAAAAGAGCAUGGACACAGUCAUAUAUUUUUAUUUUUGCGGAAACAGUGACUCCCAGAAUUCUGCAACCAGCAUGGCUACUAGACAUGAUAGCUAACGGAUUCUGGGAGCAAAAAGUUAACUUUUCCAAACUCUGCAUUGGGGUAUCCUUAAGUACCACAUGCUCAAACUGCUGUUACAGAACACCCUCAUGUGUACAAACAAUUGUUCUGAAAAGGUAAUUGAUGACAAUCUGGGUUUUAAAAUGUUAGUCCUGAGUACACAUGGCCUUUCUUUUCUCCUUCCUCUUCCCAGUGGGCCCAUAUGCGUACCACGACUCCUUUUUAAAGACAGAGGCGCUUUGGCUGAGCUAGGAACUUGCCUUGGGCUAUGCCAGUGGGAAAUAUUUGGGCAGGAGGAAGGCUGUCAAAUCUGGCAGUGGAUGAUAGAACAAGGUCUGAGUUAAACAGGUUUAAACAAAACAUAAGGCCGUCGUAGAGCACGCAAGGCAGAAGCACUGGAGGAUAAGGCUAUCAGUAUCAUGACAGCUGAAUAUUAUCUCCAGUAUACGAUGCUGUAUAGAUCUGAAUACCAAUUCCUGGGGAAAACAAGAUGAUAGGUGCUGUUGCCCUCAUGCCUGACAUAUGGGCUUCCCCAUAGGUUGGCCACUGUGGGAACAGAAUGCCAGAUUAAAUAGGACUUGGUCUAAUCCCAUACCCACUUCUUGGGUUUGCCUUACAUUUUCGGUUGAGGUUACUGUAACUGGAUUUACUCUUAGCAGUUCCCCACCCCUAAAACAAAAGAUGAGAGAAAUGGGAGGAUGUGGAUCUGUUUUUGUUGAAGUUGGCUAGUCUCCAGGUGACCUGGAACAUAGGAUAUGCUUGUCAAAAUAUGCAGAGUAUAUCAAAUAUAUUUUCAAAAUACUGUAAUUGCCUCAUUCUGGAUAAAUGCCAUAUAGAUACAUAUGCACAUUUCUAUAUGGGGAAACGGAGAUGAGAGGAAAGAAAGACUAAUGGUUAGGGCUUGAGCAGUGUGAGCCUGAUUUGGACUGGCAGUAAAGGAUCAUACAUUUAUUGGAGGGUGGUGUGGGGAUGGCAUUGUGCCAAUACUGUUCACCUCAGGAACCCACAAGGACCCUUUGUAGCCUCCUGAGACAGCUAGUAUUGGCGCCUAGAGUUUCUUGGGAAAGAUAGGCCCACAUACAUUCUUUAGCUGGAAGUCAUUUUUAAUCUAAUUUGAGGUUGGUUGAACUACUGGACUAAUAAGAGAGUAAAGGGAAGA